AUUUGCUUCCCAGACGUAGGCAUCUUCGUUUACAGACGAGGCAGGGAGAGGAAGAGUAGUUAGGUGUAUGUGGAGAUCAAGUUCUUGCUGAGAGCGAGACCCUCCCAAACACCAGCCCGUAGCGUUAGCAGCUCGAUUAACAGUGGCGUUUAUGGGAAUUCUCGUGUUUCUCGGUCCACUUGCGCCAAUGUGAAGAAUAAGUUGGCCUAGAGGAGUCCAAAUAUCAUACCAAAACUUAAUCCUAGAGCCCUUUCCCAAGUUAGCUCGCAAGAAAACAAGGGCCGCUGGUCUCAACUUCAACAAACGUUUCCACAUCCAACAGUCUUGUUGAGUUUCCCCAAUAGCCCAAAAACUCUCCUGAGAUAAAUUGUAAUGACGAUGCCAAUCAGCCCAAAGAGAAGGUUUGUCGGAGAAGAGGAGCCAAAUGAAUCGAAGGCAGAGGACCUGAUUCCAGACUGUAAAGUUACGGAGACCUAGACCGCCUUCAUUCUUGGGGAGGCAGACGGUAGACCGCCAUCUACAUCCAUGACCAUUUAUUUACUCCCACAUCACCUAUAAUUUAAAUGAUAUAUCCUAUAAAAUGGUUUUUUGUUCAGAACUGAUAAAUCUGAGGGUAUUAGACCAUGAUUAACCUCAGUCUCUUAACUGGAGUUCUUAGCUUCGGCUAAGAGACGGUUCUUAGCUUUUCUUAGAUUUUAACUAAGAAAAGCUAAUAACCGUCUCUUAAAUAAGAGAUAUAAGAACCGUCUCUUAGCCGAAAAGUGUAAAAAAAAAGUGUCAAAUCAUGAGUUAAGAAUCCCGUCUAAGAGACCGGAGUUAAUCAUGCCCUUACUUUGUAUUAUCACAUGAAAGAGUAAUCUAAUGUAUUAAUGUGACACACUCACAUCUUUAUGGAAUUUUAAUUUUAAUAUUAACAAAUAUACUGUUUAAUCUCAUUAGUAAUGUUUUGAUCAAUUGGAUUGAUGUCUCAAAACAUAUAGUAAAACUAAAAAUUACAAGAAAAAUUGAUUAAUAAAAACUAUAUAAUUCAUGAAAUAUUUAAAUUAUUAAUUUGAGAGUUAUGUUUGAUUAUUUUUUGUGGACUAUUAUUGUUGGAUAGUACCUCUUUACCACAAAGAGCAAGGAUAGACAACGUUUACCAAAAAGAAAAAUUAUUUAUACCCUUAACUAUCUAUAAUAGUUUCAAGAUUCAACACCUUCCUAUUUAUUUUUAACAUUUCAUAUCAGUUUUUUUUUCACCUUAUUAUUUAACACAUAUUCAAUUUUAAGACAGUAAAAUAAUUUUGUAUAAUAAAAUUUAACUUAUUAUUUAUUAAUUAAUAAUUAUUAUUUUAUGUCUAAAUUAGUUUAUAAUAAAAAUCUUGAUUUUAAAUAAUUAGAAAGAUAUGAAAAUAUAAAAAAUCUUUUAAAAGUGACAUAUAUCUUUGAUAGUCAUCAAUUUGUUCUUAUUCAACAUGAUAAAUCUACUCUACAUCAAAUCAUUCAUAUCAUCAAAUUUCAUUUUUCGACACAUUCCCUAUAAUGAUUUGACUGUUGGAUCUUUUCUAUUUAUAUUGUACAUAUAGUCUAGAUAAAAGAGAAGUACAACAAAUACGCUCAUAAAGUAUGGUCUAUAUAUAGCGAGAAGAUGUCAAAGAGUCCAAAAUCAUCAAGAGAAGUUAUCUUACAACUUAGUGGCUUAUCUUGUAAGAAAUUUCAAGAUCUUCAAAAUGGGCGCAGCCACUGUCGUAGAGAUCCUUAUUGCUAUCCUCUUGCCUCCUCUCGGCGUCUUUCUCAAGUUUGGUUGCAGCGUUGAGUUUUGGGUAUGUUUGAUAUUGACGCUGUUAGGUUAUAUUCCCGGGAUCAUCUACGCUGUUUAUGCCAUCACCAGGGAAUGAUUGUUCUUAGCUCUUCUGUUCUUUCCGUUUGGUCUCCUCGGGGAACAUGCUGCUUCAUCGUGUUAGCUCAUUGGGAGUGAUUCAUCAUUUAUUUUAUGUUAUCAGCAAUUAAUUAUCAUUGUUGUCCCUUUUUAUUAUUAUACAUAAUUUAUGUUGAUCGGGAAAAAAAAAUCUUUGGUUCAUUUGAGGCCAUUUUUAUUUCGUGUUAUAACUGUUGGUAAAAUGUUGGAAAUGGCGUAGGUUUGAUUUGGACCACUACAAUAGAAAUUUAAAUCCUGCUUUAUAUAAUUCCAUGGUC